AACACACUUUCAGCUGUCAAAAGAUUUGUUACUCAUCGUUGCCGCAAAAGUCAUACUCGCCGCGUGAAAAGCCGCUGUUGCUAAUUUAAUAAAUAUUUUUUAAAUAAAACUGUGUACGCUGAUUUGAUUACAUAAAUAUGCAACCGCAAAUUGUGCUUUUAAAGGAGGGUACUGACACCUCUCAGGGCAAACCUCAACUUAUAUCCAACAUCAAUGCCUGCCAAUCUAUUGUUGACGCUGUGCGUACAACGCUGGGUCCGCGUGGUAUGGAUAAGCUAAUUGUAGAUUCCAAUGGAAAGGCUACUAUUUCUAACGAUGGUGCCACCAUCAUGAAGCUAUUGGAAAUUGUGCAUCCUGCUGCUAAGACACUCGUAGACAUAGCUAAGUCUCAAGAUGCUGAGGUGGGUGAUGGUACCACUUCUGUUGUUCUCUUAGCUGGUGAAAUUUUGAAACAAGUUAAACCCUUCGUUGAGGAAGGUGUACACGCUCGCAUAAUCAUCAAAGCUAUUCGAAAAGCACUGCAAUUGUGCAUGACGAAGAUCAAUGAAAUGGCUGUACAUGUCGAAGCACAAUCCAAGGAACAGCAACGUGCUUUGUUGGAGAAAUGCGCUGCCACAGCGAUGUCUUCGAAACUUAUUCAUCAACAGAAAGAUUUCUUCUCAAAAAUGGUUGUUGAUGCCGUACUUUUUUUGGAUGAGUUGUUGCCUUUGAAUAUGAUUGGUAUCAAAAAAGUCACUGGUGGUUCAUUAGAGGAAUCCGAACUUGUAUCGGGUGUGGCCUUCAAAAAGACUUUUUCAUAUGCCGGCUUCGAAAUGGCGCCAAAAUCAUACAAGAAUUGUAAAAUCGCAUUAUUAAACAUUGAAUUGGAAUUGAAGGCUGAGCGAGACAACGCUGAAGUUCGUGUCGAUAAUGUGAAGGAAUAUCAGAAAAUAGUUGAUGUUGAGUGGCAAAUACUAUACAAUAAAUUGGCUAAGAUUCACGAAUCUGGAGCCAAUGUUGUAUUAUCGAAGCUUCCUAUUGGUGAUGUAGCCACUCAGUAUUUCGCAGAUCGUGACAUGUUCUGUGCCGGUCGUGUACCUGAAGAGGAUUUAAAGCGCACGAUGAAAGCCUGCGGUGGUGCCGUAAUGACCACAGCCAAUGAUAUCAGCCCAAAUGUACUGGGAAAAUGCGACUAUUUUGAAGAACGACAAGUUGGUGGAGAGCGUUUUAACAUUUUCCAAGGUUGUCCUAAUGCUAAAACGUGCACUUUGAUUUUGCGUGGUGGUGCUGAACAAUUCCUAGAAGAAACUGAACGCUCUUUACAUGACGCUAUAAUGAUUGUACGUCGUACAAUAAAGCAUGAUUCUGUUGUUGCUGGUGGUGGCGCCAUCGAAAUGGAGCUCUCGAAAAUUCUCCGGGACUAUUCGCGAACCAUCGCUGGAAAGGAACAGCUGCUGAUUGCUGCCAUUGCCAAAGCUCUGGAGGUGAUUCCACGUCAACUGUGCGACAACGCCGGCUUCGAUGCCACUAAUAUUUUGAACAAACUGCGUCAAAAGCAUGCUCAAGGUGGGCAAUGGUACGGCGUUGACAUAACCAAGGAGCACAUUGCUGAUAACUAUGAGCAAUGCGUCUGGGAGCCAUCGAUCAUAAAGAUAAACGCUUUAACCGCUGCUGCCGAGGCUGCUUGCAUGAUACUGUCCGUCGAUGAGACAAUCAAGAGCCCCAAAGCAGGGGAGGCACCCAUGGCUGGCGGUAUGGGCCGUGGAAUGGGAAGGCCAAUGUGAACAUAUUCUAACUAAUUAUUUUUUUUAAAUUUAAAUACAUAUGUGAAAACCGCAUCGAAAUCCAUUACAAAAAAGCGGAUGUUCUAAAAAAAACAUUUCAAACAAAAAACUCUAUAUUGCAUUCGGCCCUAAUUGUAUGUUGUCAUGUGGUAACGGUAUAACGCAUUAUGUACUCAUGUUGCAAAUAAACAAUCCACUAGAUAA